UUAGAAGAAUCUUAUUUGUUGGUAUUGAUUCAGAAACAUUUUACUUAUUACUAUCAUGAUUUAUAUGUACAUGUGUCUGUUCCAUGUGAGCCUGCAGUAAAAGUAAAUUCCCUUAGGUGAAAAAAAAAAUAAAGUUAAAGUAGAUUUUACACUAACUUGUGCAGGUGCUUCACUGUCAUUAGCCGCUUCUUGUCUCAAUUUAGUCUAGUUGAGCCAAUUCUUCUGGUGUUUUACGUCAUACAUUAAGCAUCAGCAUAUCAUGGGCAAACACUUGACUAAAAGGCGCACAUUGAUGGUUCUUUAAAGUGGGAGUUUACGCGUGUCCCCUGAACGCAGCACAAGUCCUCGCCUCUUUCCUCGCUGAAAAUAGGCUCUAGUUAAUACUCUUUGACAUUGGGUUAGUUGGAUACGGCGUGUCAGGUGGCUCAUUUCCCUGAUUUUUCAUGCAGCACCUGUGUUUGACUUUUCCCACGGCGCGCUGCACAAAACUCCGCAUCCGCGCAACCCCAGAGUCUAUUUUUUUUUUAAAUAUAUGUGAAAACCCGGUCUUUUUGGACAGAAAGUCGCGCGGUCUACACGACGUCAUACAGUUAACUUUGGCUGACAGCGGAAUGGAGAAGUCCCUUCCCGUCGCUCCGCACUCUCUGGCCCUGGUGCUGUCGCAGGUUCGCGGAGAAGAUGAAGGGCACUCCCGACUACCAGCACCCACAUCAUCAUCAUCAUCACCACCACCACCGCCCUCCGUGCUCCAUCACUCCGGCUACGAGGUGUUCGCCGACUUCAAAUCCGUCAACAUGCGGCACUUCUGGAACAAGGCGCUGACGCACGCGCUCUCCGAGGUCUUCUUCCUCGGCUGGAUUGAUGAGCACGUGCUGCUGAUCCAGGGCGGGGAAGUUCACCUGCAGGUCCUGAGGAACGGAUGGACCAGGCGGACCCUGCAGCCCCCGCGGGGCUUCGGCAUCCAGUGCAUAGGUGACGUGUCUCCGAUCAGCAUGUCACCUAUCAGCCAGUCACAGUUCAUCCCGCUGGGGGAGAUCUUGUGCCUGGCCAUCUCCGCUAUGAACUCGGCCCACAAGCCCGUCAACCAGGAGGCUCUGGUGGAGCACCUCACUGCCAGCUUCCCAGGCGUGCCUACACCCAGCUCGGAGGUUCUGCGACAUACCCUGAACAUGCUGGUGCGAGAGAGGAAGAUCUACCCAACUCCAGAGGGCUACUUCAUUGUCACCCCACAGACCUACUUUAUCACUCCUUCCCUCAUCAGAACCAACAACAAGUGGUAUCACCUGGACGAUCGGCUGCAGGAGCGCCAAACGCCGCAGCAGCAGCAGCCAUCUCAGCAAUGCACCUCGCCUCCGUCUGGCAACGUGACGCCGUCCGCACCCGGCUGCCUGAGGGAGAGGCCUCCUCGCAAGAACCACACCGACUCGUACAACUCCUACCGCGACGACUUGUCCAGACUUCACGGUGGCAAGUCGCCGAAGGAGCACAGGGGAGAUUCUUAUCAAAGCAAGCCCCCCAAGGAUCACAUCGGCGGGGAGCCUCCUCCUCCGCCCGGCACGUCGGCCAAGGAGCACCGGGGAGAGCCUCCGUCGUACCCUCAUUCGCCUCUUCCUACUUCCCCUCCUGCCCAGCAACCGCCGCCCCAAGAGCCCGCGGAGAAGAGCAAAAGCCUCACUUCUUUCCCUUAUAAAAGUGACACUCUGACCAAAAAGAAAGAUGGCGGCGGCGGCGGAAGCGGCGAGAAGCAAUCCAAAAGGUUUGGCCUCAGGCUGUUCAGGCUGAGCUUCAAGAAGGACAAAAUGAGACAGCUGGCCACCUUCUCAGCCCAGUUCCCCCCCGAGGAGUGGCCCCUGCGCGACGAGGAGGUGCCGACCACGCCCAUCCCCCGCGAGGUGGAGAUGGAGAUAAUCCGCCGGAUCAACCCCGACCUCUCGGUGGAGAACGUGGCGAGGCACACGGCGGUGAUGAAGAGGCUGGAGGAGGAGCGCGCGCAGAAGAACAAGGCGGGGUCCUCGGCCCAGCACAGCGCGCGGAGCAGGAGGGCGAGGGGCCACAGGAGGGCCCUGCACGGCAAGUCCCGCUCACACAGCAAGCCCCGGACCUCCAGGGGAGACCCUUCUGAGGGCUCGAACUGGGACCUUUUGUUCAUGGAGAGGGAUUACCGCUUCUUCAGCCACUCGCUGGUUCGCUCGCCUCGGGAGGCCAUGUACACCUUGGAGCGCAGGCGGAGCGGCGGGCCAACGUUCCUGGUGCACAGCAACCCCAACAUCACGGAAUCGAACUGCCCGGUUACCCCCGAGUGGGACGUGUCGGGGGAGCUGGCCAAGAGGCGGACCGAGAUGCCCUUCCCGGAGCCGUCGCGCGGGACCUGCCAGUCCAGGGUACAAAGGAGCCACAGUCACAAUCAGGACAGGAAGUCGCGUCACGACAGGUCGGAUCAAGCCAAGGAGCGCUCCCGGUCCAUGGACAACUCCCUCAAGGGCCCUUCGCUGGGGGCGCCGGAAGACUUUGAGCCCACUCUGGAGGAGCGCAGUCACUACUACACCGAUGACGGCACCCUGCGCGCCAAGCAGAAGUCCUCCCACUACUCAAGGAUCAUGUUCUCUGCUGCUAAGUUCCACUCUGAUUUUAAUGUGCCUGAUUUGGGGAAAGGGAGUUUGGACGAGUCAAGGAUCCGGAGUACGAUGGAGAGGAACAAAAGCAGAGACAGCUUGCCAUCGUACAAUGAGCUAAUGGGACUUUCUCCUAAGCCCUCAGCAGAUGAGUACUUCCAGUGCAAUACGUCAAAUGAAACAAUCCUAACUGCCCCCUCGCCUCAGGCAAAAUCAGAAUAUGACACAUUAACCUCAUCAGGGGGACUCCGAAAGGGCUCUCCGGCUGACCGCCAAACGCCUCACCUCACGUCUCCUCACACAAUGGAGUACAAAGAGGACCCGUCGGCAGCAAAGGGACAGAGCGGCUCGGCGCGGCUGACGCCCAGCCAGACGCCGGAGCCGCUGCAGAAUGCCCGCUUGACGCCACACCAACACAACGUGGAUCCGGGAGGGGGCGGAGGCAGCAUGGGGAUCAAGAGGAAAGAGAUCUUCAGCAAGGACACUUUGUUCAAACCUCCACACUCUGCCUUGCCCGCAGGCUACGUGGACAGCGGCUACACCAAGUCCGGCACAUUGCGGAAAGCCUCACAUGCCAAAUCAACAGAGGCCCUAGACAAUCCUGAGCCCCAGCAGCCUUCCAAUUCAGCCACUUCCUCAGCAUCACCGGCAGUUUUACAGGUCUGCUUGGAGCCAACAGUCCCCUCCGCCUCCUUUGACUAUUAUAAUGUAUCGGACGAUGAGGAAGAGGAAGAGGCGGAGGAGGACUCGCACAAAGAGUUGGCGACGGCAGAGGACAGCAAGGAGCACGGGGAAGUGGGUGGUGGUGGCGGCGGUGGUGGUGUCGGCGGUGGUGGUGGCGGCGGCGGCGGGGGCGGGGGUGGUGGCGGCGGCGGUGGUGUUAGUGGGGAGGGAACCAUGCAGUGGCUACUGGAGCGGGAGAAGGAGCACGAUCUGCAGCGCAAACUGGAGACCAACCUGACCUUACUCAGCCCCAAGGAGACGGAGAACAGCAGCAGCCAGAAGUCGGCCCACUCGGCCCGUCUGGACAGCAUGGACAGCAGCAGCGUGACGGUGGACAGCGGAUUCAACUCCCCCAGAACGCGUGAAAGCCUCGCAUCCAACACGUCCAGCAUAGUGGAAAGCAAUAGACGGCAGAACCCGGCGCUGAGCCCCGGCCACAUCGGCACGAGUGGCAUCGGGCUGCCGUUCAGCUUCCGCGCUAUCCCAGAACCCCCCACCACACAGCCUGAGAAACUCCAGAAGUCAUCGAACUGCCUGGCCUCCAUCACCAGCGUCUGACAGGCCGGCCGCGCAGACCGAGACCGCGGAAAGGUGGUGGUGGUGGUGGUGGUGGAAGUGAGGGGUUUCACCACUUUGACCCUCACUUUCAUUAACACAGACACACACACACACACACAUUCAGACUCCUGAGAAUCCAUUUACUGGGACUGUUACAUAAACAGGCAUGGCUUCAAGAGACUGUUCCCACAGCUUCAAGAACUUUACUGCAAAAAAAGAGAAGAAAAACUACAGAAUAUCAAGACCAACGUAGGCGAAGAACCCUACCUGAAGUACUUUGAUUUUUGGUGACAUGGACUCUAGUUUGGCUUAUAUCAAGAUUAUUGACUAUUGGUAUUGGAAAGUAGUAGACUAUAGGAUUCAAGUUACAUUUGGAAAUAUCAAAAAAAAACUUUUUAUAUUACUUAACAAUACAUGUCCAAUUAAAUGUUCUCCUUCCUGAAAUAGCGUCAAGUUCUUCAGGACAAUUCAAUGUCAGCACAAUGUCGUGAGAUCAACAAAGUUGAUCGUGAGAACAACGAAUGAAAGAUAUAAAAACAUAAAUCAGCUCAGAUUUGUGUACCGCAAUGCAAAUGAUGUAUGUAUACUCGAUACUUUUGAUAUCCUAAUUAUUAUAAUGGUGGUAUUAAAGAUGCUAUGUGACCAAAA